CUAACGGAGCCUAAGGCAGACCCCGGCUAUCCUCCGCUCUCUUGACUCGUUUUUUAUAGCGUCACCAUCGUCGAACUUGCGUGAUACCCUUCAGUUGCGAGAGUUUUGCAUGGACCUUUGUCGCCUCGGUGUCGUGUUUGAACCAGAUGAUGACGAUAUCUCCGCUAUUGGUAUCUUAUGUCUCGAUUGACGGUCAUACUUCCCAUACUAUCCAGGAUAUGAUCUCGUGGAAGAGUUACAUUCCCGGAUGCUGUCCGCAGAUCCACACAUGGUGCGUGCUCAGCUAUCGAUACCUUUCUCCAAAAGCCCGAAACAUGGAUGUCCAACGAUCUCAUCUGUUGGAUUCAUUGGCUCUCGGUAUUGGCGUCUGCAUCGCGUGCGGGCUGGAGCGCAUCCCUUACUGCCUUGCACUAAGUUGCCUUGGGAAUUGCGUGAUGGUUUUUUUUUUUCUUAUCCUGAGAUAGGCGCACAUGGCGCAGGAACAUACGGAGUAAUGGCCUUAUAAUUGGAGCGCGCCCGGCGAAAUCCUAGAAAUAUGAUGCAAGCUCCCCAUCCUUGUCCAAACUAUACAUUUUCCAUCAUCCU